AUGUCGCGCUCCUUUCUAAUGGACUCGCUGCUCAGCGAUAUCCCACCGCUCAACAAGAACAAGGAACCUCUUGACUCACCCACUGCCAAUGCAACGGCUGCUGCUGUGGCUGCCUCAGCUGCUGCAGCCGCAAUGCUGCCGGGGAUACCCAUGCUGCCUUAUCCAGCAAGCUAUGUUGGCAGCUACCUCUUCUCACUUGGCAUCCAGCAGCAGCAGCAGCAACAACAACAGCAACAACAACAGCAGCAGAAGCAUCAAGCAUCAGUUGCAGCGGCUGCGGUUCACGCCUCUCUGUAUCAUCCGUAUGCGCAGCUUUUUGCCUCCAAGCGGAAGUCGAAUGGGUUCGGAAGCUAUGAUGACUGCUAUCCAUCUCCUCCGCUGUCGGCCAAUGCCGUUGCACACGGCUCGAAUGCUCAAUUUGGUCUCCCAUUAAUUCCGCCGACGGGAGUCUACGGUCAAAGCCUUCACGAAGUUGGUGCCUUCUGUACUUCGCCAUCGGCAUCCUCGACAACUUCGUUGGAUUACGGGAAUCCCGAUGAGCAGUUAACGAAACGUUUCAAGCGUGAGUCUUCUUGUUCGCCUGCCAGCUCUCCCGUUAAGUCCCAACAAGCAGUUUCCAGUGGCGGCUUGGAGAUCACGCCAUUGAUCAACGACUAUGCCGACUCCAGCAAACGCAUCCGCACUGCCUUUACCAGCACCCAGUUGCUCGAGCUGGAAAGAGAGUUCUCCCAUAAUGCCUACUUGUCACGCCUACGACGCAUCGAGAUUGCCAACCGCCUUCGGCUAUCAGAGAAACAGGUGAAGAUAUGGUUCCAGAAUCGCCGCGUAAAGCAGAAGAAGGGCGGCUCCGAAAGCCCCACCUUUAAUUCAUCAGUCAACUCGAGUAGCCCCCAGGCGUCACCCAUAGCCAAGUGCUGUGCGUAA